GAGGCGAGGGGGAUUCAGCUGCUGAACAUCCUGAGCAACAUAUUCCGAUCUAAGAUUGAGAUAAACAACUUGCUGCUGAGGAUUUCAUUCAACGUAUUUGAGCAAUUCUUGGGAUCAGAACGCCUUUAUCUAUCUGCUAAAAUGGCCCAAUGGCAUUCCUACCUUUGCUUAAUUUUAUUAUAUGCUGUUUACUUUAAUGCUGUUGAUAGUAUGAAGAUGUUACGCACCUUAAAUCAACAACACUUUAUCAAUAUUCUACAAUCAGGAAAAACUUCUUUAAUAUACUUCAAAAGAACAACCAACCCGUCAAUCAGACUUUUCCUUCAACAACUAGAAAAUUCUUCAGAAUCACUUGAAGAGUAUGGCAUCACAGUGGCUCAGGUUAAUUGUGCCACAGAAAAAGUACCAAAAUAUUGUGAAAAUGAAGAUGUACUGAAGAAAGCGUAUCUUUUCCGGGGUAAUAUAAUGCUUAGGAGCUUUGCAACUGAUACAUUAUUUGAUGUGGAUGCAAUUGUAGCAAAUGUAUUAUUUAUCUUGCUGUUUAACGAGAUAAAAUAUGUAUCCUCAUUGAUGGAUCUUCAUGACAUUGAAAAUAAUAUGAAAGGGCGAGGUGAUGUCAUCUUUACAUUUGUACGAGCGAUAGGAGUUCCAGAACAUAGAGCCAUUAUGGAAACUGCUUUUGUUUAUGGUGCCAAGUAUCAGUUUGUGUUGACCACAGAACAAAGUGUUUUGGAAGGAAUGGACCUGGAAGAUCCAGAUAGACUCUCAGCAAAACUUUGGUUCUGCCAUUGCAAGAUGGCCACAGAUAGGAAUCAGCCAUGCAAGAGGUCCUCUUUUAAACAGCCACUAACUACAGUGAAUAUACAUUCCUACCUUAAAGUGUUGGAAGCUCCGCUAGUGACGGAGGUGACUGUUCCACCAGAGAGAGUCUCUACGGUACAUGUACAGUUAAAAAUGCCUGUCGUGUUUAUUUUCACACAAAGAGAAACAUAUGAGCAUGACCGGAUAACUGCUGAAUCUGUAGCCUGGCAGCUACUGGGAAGAGCAGGAGUUGUAUUAGUGCCAAGGACCCAGCUACAGCCUAAUGUGCCAGCAGAUGUCACUGUAGGCUACAGACCUGCUGGAGGGGAUUUUUCCAUCAACUAUUUUGUCAUAACAUCUGCUGAAGAAAUUGUUGACCUAGUCAAAGGCGAAGUAACAACUAGGGAAGAAGAUGAUGAAGAUGAAGAUAUGGAUUUCAUAGGUGUUCAAGAUGAUGAAGUGUCAGAAGCUGUCUAUAGAGACAGAUGGAGAGAGCUCGAUGUAGACUUAGUUCAAGCACUAACGGACAGCAGCUUUCCUACAAGUUUAGCAACAAUUCCCCAUGUGGUGGUGCUAUUCUACACAGCUUGGGAUGCUGUGUCCAUGGCAUUUUUGCAGUCCUACAUGGCAGUUUCGACCAAACUUGCAGAUUUGAAGGACCUUGUAUUGACUCGGGUAAACUGUGGAGACUGGCCAGAUGUUUGUUUGAAAGAAAAUGUUACUUGUUUUCCUGCUGUCAAGAUUUAUAUUCAAGGAGAGAACCCUUUACCCUACACUGGGAUGCUAGGAACACAAAGUCUAUUGAAGUUCAUUAUGCUGAGCAGAGUACCUAAUCCUGUCCUAUUAACAUCAGCAGAAGAUGUUGAAGCCUAUCUAAAAGGAGAGUUACAUCAUGAUCUCAAACCACAUUGGGACAUUCCUGUUGUAGGAUUAUUCAGCCCAGAAAUGAAAAAAGUGAAGGAUGCUUUUAUUGAAGCUGCUUAUUCCCUGAGGGGCACUGUAGUAUUGGGACUGUAUACCCAGAGAGAUGUUUCCUAUCUUUCUCAAAAGUUUGGUGCGGCUUUACCAGCUCUGGUAUUUGUUAGGAAUGAAGAAUCUCACAUAGAAGGUAUUCACCUUGAUAGCUUGAGCACAGAAGACAUUGUAUCUGCAGUCAAGAGUGCCAUGUUGGAAAAGUUGCCUGAAAUCACAGUGGAAAACUUCCCUUCAUACUUCCAACCUUUGAAACCAUUACUCAUUCUGUUUAUUGAUAAUGAUGACACCAAGACUUUGAAAGCUAGAGAAGAGCUUGCAGAAUUUACCAAGUUAAGCGUGCAGAUGUACACUACGUGCUGGAUCGACCUACGAAAUACACCUGUCGGAAAAGAGAUUCUUCAAGUAUAUUUGAACUACCUCCCACAACUGCCAGCACUUAUUUUAGUGCAACUCAGUUCUAGUGGCCAGGUGUUUGCAUUUCCGGAAGGGCAACUUAUAUCAAGAAUGGGUGUGCUACAUUGGUUAAAGAAGGUGCAGACAGGACAGGAGGAUCCCAAAAAUCUCCUGCAAGGUAGAGAGUGGACACCCCCGCAAGCUACUUAUGACUUUCUGGCAAUCAUGGAUAUUGUGCGUCCUGGAUUUGCAAAGCAGAGGAUACCCAAUUCUGCCAAACAAGAAAAUCUCUAUGAGGAGGAGGAAAAUGAGACCGAAUAUUUGAGUGAGAGUAAUGUGGAAGAGGAUCAGAGUGAACCAGCUGCAGAGUUUGAAAAAGUGCAAGGGACUUCUACACCCUCAAAUAAAGAGAAGAAGAUACAACAUGAGUUUCAUAAUGAGUUAUGAUCAGAAACCAGAGUUCAGUAAGUGAAUAACUCCAGAGAGUAAAAGCAAAACAUUGCGGAUGCUGGAAAUCUGAAACAAACGGAAAGUGCUGGAAAAGCUCAGCAGGUCUAACAGCAUCUG